CAGGAUGUCUGCUGAUAUUUAUGUCUUACUUCGGACCUUGAAGUAAAUAUUUACAGUAAAUAUAGGAUUUAGCACAGGGCUGUGGCAGUCUUUUACUGGGAUAUUGAUAAACAUAUAUUUUUUUGUUGAAAUAUAUUUUUCUGCAUUAUCAUCUCUAGAUAUGCUCAAGAAACCAAGCAGCCCACGGCGCCGCACCAAACUUGAGAAGUACCGUCAGGAGCGCGCAGCAUUACAAGUGGGCGAGCCCCAGGGCCUCAACGUACGCGACGACGACUUCUUUAUUCUUAUUGAGGUAGAUGACCUCAAAUACCAACUACAGCAUUCCCGUAUCUCUAUCAAGUCUAUGAUGCAGUCCCCUUAUCUUGGUGACAUGAGCCUUCAGGUGGAGUAUUGGCACACAGCCCUACAGCAGGUGGAGGAAAUUACUGACCUGUGGUACACCUGUCAGAAAAAGUGGCUUUACUUGCUGAAGAUCUUUGAGAGGACAGAGAUGUUCAAGAAGUUUCAGGCCCAAAGUCACAAGUUUGAGGCCAUCCAUGGAAAAUUCAAGGACUGGAUGCGUGUGGUGUCCAAUGACUCUAAGAUCCUGACUGUGGUACACAGGAAGAGAGGAGAGAAGGGAUAUCGCCUGUUACAGGGAGACAACCUACGUGCUCUGUUCCUCCAGCUGAUUGAGAACCAGGAGGAAAUCCUUAAACACUUGGAGGUAGUGUUGGAAACAUCAAGGAUGGAAUUCCCACGUCUCUACUUCCUCAGUAACGAUGAAAUCAUCGACCUCCUGGGUAUAUCCAGGAAUCCUAAGAUGAUGCUGCCAACCGCGAAGAAGUGUUUCCCGGGAGUGGAGUCAUUGACAUUUGUUCUCCCUCCUGGAACAUCCAGCAUCAGUACCGAGCUGGACUUUGCCCUCAAUGCGGACAAGUUGGAGGUGACAACCAUGCACGGCGCACUUGGGGAGGAGGUACCUCUUAACACUCGAGUUCAAGCCUUCCCUAAGGCUACACGCUGGUUCAAAAGUCUCGAGGCCAUUAUGAAAAACACCAUGGCACUCAUGCUACAGAAAUGUAUACAGGCGCGCAUGGAUGAAGGCUCCCGACAGCCCAUUCACCUAAUGGAGGAAAUUGCACGUCUGACAGAGCGCCGAAGCUCGGAGGAGGAGAGGAUUACUGGAGAUAUAAAACUCACUUUCAGACAUUGGUUACUGCGCUUCCCUGUCCAGUGUGUGCUUGUCGCAGAGGCGUUGUUGUGGGCGCGCACUGUCAACAAGGCACUGGAGAAUAGAGACGCUGACGAACUUCAUAGUCUUCAGUCCAGUAUGAACACGAAGUACGAACAGUACGUGGACCUAAUACGGGAGAGUUAUACCUUCAAUGGUUCACUUCCAGCUAGUACCAAACAGAGACUGCAUCGUCUACUGUGUAAUCUUGUCAAUCAGACGAUCCACCAGCGUGACGUCCUCGAAUGUGUGCUGUCAUCAGGUUUAGUAGGGACUGGGAACUUUGAAUGGCUGAGAGAGAUGCAUUACCACAUUGACAUACAGACUAUACUUCGUGCCAAGAGGGAGGAGCUAGAAAUUCAACCUGCACCUCCCACUAAUCAGACACCUGUCAGUCAGCGUAAAGCAGGGCGGGGUCGACGAACAUCUAAGACUUUAGCCACCAAGGUCCGCGUGGAGACCACAGUUGAGGAGCCCCCUAAGUUAACACGAACUAAGACAGUGGUAUCGACAGACUACCAGUUUGGUCUGUGUUGUGUACAACAGCUUGGAAACACGUUUCACUACGACUACGAAUAUCAGGGACCUGUGGGACGUCUUGUCCUCACACCACUCACACACAGGGCCUUUCUGUCCCUCACACAGUCCCUUCGUAACUUUCAUGCAGGAACACUCGUUGGUCCUCCAGGCACUGGCAAGUCUGAGACUAUCAAGGAACUCUCCAAGAUAUUUGGAUGUGCCAUGUUGACUGUCAACUGUAAUGAAGAGAUGACUAUAGGAAUCAUCACACAGAUUAUGUUGGGUACCGUCCAGUCUGGCUGCUGGACAUUAUUCGAUGACACUGACCGUCUUACACAAGGCCUCAUGUCAGUGGCAGCCCAACACCUUGACUACCUGAGGAGUGCCCUGCGUACCCUUCAACUGUCCAGUGAGAACCAGUACAAGAUCAGGGGUCAAGCUCGCCCAGACAAGAAAACUGGAGUUGGAGACAAGGUGAUCAGACGUAAUUCUCUAACCACACUCCAUCCUUUGCCAUCAGAUGUCGGCACGGCAGGUCUACAGCGACAGAACACAGUACCUCAUGGAUUCAAUGAGAAGGGGUUGGUAACCUACUUUGAAGACACCUGGGUUGCAGAGAAGGAUUUGCGUCGGCGCCGUCACUCAAUAGAAAAGGAAAUUGACAUCAAGGAAUCGGACCUGUACAAGUCCAAUCGUCCCCCACCACUUUUCUACGAAUAUGUCCGAUCACGCAUCAAAAAUACAAAACCGAGCCCUGAGGACUACAGUCGACUCAACUCUGAAACUGUGUAUACCCAUCAUUACCUUGGCAGCAUCAUGUUCAGCGGAAAGCUUGUCCAUGCUAGUGCUAACUUUGGCUGCUUCAUGACACUUAACACCCAGCGGGCUACUGCUGCUGAGAUGCCAGAGGUGUACAGGCUGCUGAUGAGACCGUGUGCUAUGAUCGUCCCAGACAAACGGCAGAUUGCUGAAGUCCUGUUGUGUAACCAUGGAUUCAGGGAGACCAAACAUUGGGCCAGGAAGCUGGACCAACUUCUGAGGAUGUUAAAAAUUCAGCUCCCACGGAAGAAGCACUACCAGUUUGGAGUGAAGGAUUUAAAAACCAUCCUGACAUCUGCAUCCAAUGCUCUCCACAACACAGCAUUCUGUAGACAUUUUGCAGCAAUCUCUGAACCAAACUCUCCAAGAUCAGCACCCAGUUCUACCCCCACAUCACCGAAGAGUCCUGAACCUCAGUCACCCCGGAGUCCUGGCGUCUCCAGCCCAUCCCCACGAGGAAAAUCCUACCCCUUUCCCCAGACUGCCUCGGAGCGCCAUGCCCUGGAGGAACAUUGCCUAGUAUAUGCACUGCGAUACAUAUUGCCACCUGCCCUAGAGACGGACGAGGAUCAAGAUAUCUUUAAUAGCAACCUUCGUAAUGUGUUCCCUGCCAGCGCCAACAUGGCCGACACUACCACAUCCUUUAACACUCUGAUGAAGAGGACGGUUCAGGAUCAGCUUAAAGAGGACAGCCUGAAGGAGUCCGAGCCACUUCUCCAUAAGAUCCUACAGUUAAACACCGCCCUACAAAUGAAGAAGAGCGUGAUCCUAUGUGGCCCAGCAGGCAGUGGUAAAACGACAUGUUGUACAACUCUGGGUAGAGCCUACAAUAGACUCAAUUACCUGUUGUUUGCCCCAGACCACUCUAAAGACGAACUCAACACUGACUUUGUCAUACACGGCAAGCAGAAAAAGAAGCUAAGGGAUGAACAGGAUGAUGAUCCUGGGGAACUAGCUGACAACGAGGGAGAGGAUGAGGACGAGAUACUGGAAGAGAUGGAGAAACAGAUUCCAGAGAAGAAAACCACUAGAAAACUGCGUAGAAUGUCCAGGCUUCUUGGAAAAGUAUCAGACGCCAUGCAGGAACUACAGGCAACACGCCCAAAGGAUCACGCUGAACACCCCAAAGUUGACAUCAUCCGUCUGUCCCCUACGGCCUUCCCACCCAGUCAGUUACUUGGUUGCUAUAAGGAGGGGAUGUGGUGUGGAGGAUUGUUCCCCAAGUUGCUCCAGGAUAGCUGUUUCCUGUCGGACGCCGUCAAGUCAUACAUCACCUCUAUCAAGGACCGUAAGAACAAGGGUCAACUGGAGAUCCCAUCUGUCCUGCUACGCUGGAUUGUCCUGGAUGGUGUGAUGCACCCCACCUGGGCUGAUAGUCUCAACACACUGUUUGACGAGGAGAAGAAAUUGUCUACACCCAACAGCGGGGGAAUCUACCUUCAAGACACUACAGCACUCAUGUUUGAGACCAGUGACCUGACAGAAGCAUCACCUGCGACGGUCACUCGCUGUUCCAUCCUCCACUUCAGUCAGGACACCGUCCAGUGGAAGUCCUUGUUUGACCGCUGGUUGAAGACAGCCAAGAGUCGCUGGGUCAUAACGUCUACAGUGGUGAAGGUAUGGGAAGAUUUAGUGCGAGAUGUGUUUGGUCCCACGCUCAAAUUCCUACGCCAGGAGUGUUGCCCAGCCCUCCUCACAGACGUGGGUCAUACUGCUGCCCAGACUAACCAGGUGGCGCCAGGAAUCCAAGAAAUCAGCACGUUCCUGAGAUACAUGACUGCCUUACUGGACAAGGGCUUUCUCCGUGAGGAGCUGGAGCAGCGGGAGAAACAGGCUGAGAUAGAUGAGGCAGGGAAGAAGUCGCCAACAAGUAGCAUCAUGACUUCCCAACAUGCUGCGAGUCGACUGACUGGGAGCUCACAUAUUGAACAACUCAUUCCUAACUACCUGGAGAUUCUCAAGGGUGUAUUUGCAUUCUCCUACAUCUGGGGUUUCGGCGGUCACAUCCAUGAAAGGUUCAAGGACAGGUUCAGCAAGUUUUCCCAUGAUGCUCUGUACCGGACCUCCCACCCAGUGCGAAUCCCUAUGAUGGGCUCUGUGUAUGACUAUUGUCUAGAUGAGCAGACUGGCACCUUCAUCCGCUGGAGUGACAAACAGCAGGAACGCACAAAGAUCAUGGCCGGUGGAUUUACCCUGACAACUGAGGUUGAGAAGUAUACAUACCACAUGGACCUUUUACUGGAUGCUCGCCAGCCUGUCCUCCUAGCAGGCAAUCCAGGUGUAGGCAAAACUACCCUUAUACAGAACAUGAUCCUGUCUAAGCACAGCUCGACCAGUAUCAUCAUGUCACGUUGUAUGUCGUCGGAGCUCUUCCAGCACACUAUGGUGGCCCAGAUCCUGGAGCUCAAACACAAGACGUCCAAUGUAUUAUCAGGCCCCGGUGGGACUAGUUCACCUCCCAAGUCCCAACAGUACCAUCUCUUCUUUGUGGACGACCUCAGCCAUGCACAAUGCUAUGAAAACUAUCAGCCCCCUCUAGAGCUACUCAAACAGGUGUUAUCAGAGGGUGGUACAUAUGACCAACAACGUCAGGAGUUCCAAGGCAUGGAGGAGGCACUGUUCCUGGCAGCCACCACCCUCCCCAGUGUACCAGGUUCAGGAAUGGGCCGGGCCUGCCAUGUGAUGUCAUCACGUCUCACACGACUGUUUGUGACAUUAACACUGUUUACACCAGCCCUAGACGGCCUACUCAGUAUGUAUGGCCGCAGUCUACAGAACUGGCUUGAGGAAUUCCCCACCUACUCCGUGGAGCACCACUUUGAGUUUGCCAGGGCGAUGACCCUCGCCCUCCUAGAGAUGUACCAUCGUAUCAAGGAGAAGUUCCGCGCCACUCCAGCCAACGCCCACUACAUCUUCACACUCCACGACAUUUCACGUGUCGUCCAUGGAAUUCUCCUCAUGUCUCCAAGGUCAAGGACACGCAAAAUGAUGAGGCGUAAAAAAGAUGGCCAUACAGACUCUCGUGGUAGCCGUAGUAACCAGGUGUCACGUCAGACUUCAUGGGAGUCUCGCUCACGCUCCGUCAGUAUGGCCAGUGGUGCACAGCCGCAGGAGACAGCGGCGCCAAUGAUGAAGGUCAUCGCCCAGCUGUGGUGUCAUGAGUGCACACGCACAUUUGCUGACCGCCUCGUUGCUGAGGAUGAUUCCAGCUGGUUUUCUCGGAUCAUUGAGGACACCGUGAUGAAAUAUUUUUGUAUGGCACGUGAUGAUCCCAAGACUGAAAUGGCAGCCAUCUCUGAAGAAACUGUCUCUCAAACGGGUCGAGUAACACCACAGACAACUUCGCCCCUCCCUGCUUCACCAGCGGAGGACGAGGAGGAAGAGGAAGAGACAAGAGAGGUGAAACUAGAGAACUUACCUAAGCUGGAGGAAGUGAAGGAGGAUGAGGAGGAGGAAGAGGAUACCAAGUCUCAGUCACAGACGCUGACUUUCUCCGUGUCGCAAUCCCAAACACAGAGUGACGACCUGGCUAAUACAACUCCAGUCACUAAUAAAACAGAUGGCGCCGAAACAAUGGCAUCAGCACGUACGGAACCACGUGGGGAGAGCGAGUCAGAGGAUUAUGAAACCGAAUGUUCUGAGGAAACUGAGGAGAGCAGUGAUACAGAAACAACUGAGACAGAGACGGACACCUAUGAUACACCGAGGGAUGUCGACCCAAAACAAUUGGCUCCAGGCGCCUCCACUCGUCGCAGCAGUCGGGAGUCAUCAGGCAUGACAGACUCCAGCACACGUAGCACUGACACAAGUGUUGGUCGGGAAACUCCAAGACUUAUCCACAAAGCCUCCUCAGAAUCGGGACGCUCUAGCCGAGGGAGCCAAGGUGGAACUGUUGGAGGAAAAGUGUCAACCACGCCUAGUCUAAAGCCACAGGGAAGAUCUGGCCACGGCAGUCUAAAGAUGAAGACAGUGACAUUUAAAGCAGGUCUGCUGGCAGACUGGGAACACGAGGCCUACUUUGGUCCUCUGAUGAGUAUGGAGGAGAUCCGAGCUCCAUCAGACUCUCUCACUGACUUCAUCUUCUCCAAAUUCUUCCUGACAACCCACACGGAGACACAGGGUAUCCAGGUUGAGAAAGGUUACGUUGAUAGUCAGGAGGAUGUACUGGCAGACGCCCUCAACACUUGUCUGAAUGUAUACAAUGCAGGGACUUCACAGCGCCUUGAGCUUGUGUUUUUCAGUGAGGCUCUACGCCAUGCAGCUAGGCUGAGUCGCGUACUGGCAAUCCCAGGAGGCCAUGCUUUGUUGCUCGGGAUGACGUACUCCACGGGGCGAGCAACUCUAGUCCGCUUAGCUUCCUAUAUCGCCCAUUGUAAGAAAGCUCCCGGUAGCUGCUGCAGGCGUAAAUGUCGUGGGUUAUUUGAACCUAAACCGCAAACAGAUGUGAGCAGAAACCACCAGAUUGUACGGGAACACAUAAAACGAGCCUGUCACCACACAGGAAUUCUGGGUAAACCCACGGUGCUGCUCAUACAUGAAGACUUGGGAAUGGAUUGUCUCGGAGACAUCUGCUGUCUGAUGGCGGAGGGCACCAGUCCAGGUCUAUACACUGAUGAUGAGGUACAGGCCAUCGUGUCCCAGAUGAUGCCUGGUGGAGUACAGACCAAGCGGGUGGACAAGAUAGAACAGGCCUUUGAACGAUACCUGAAAAAAAUCCGACAAAAUCUUCAUAUCAUUGUUUGUCUGAACUACAGAGGCAACAGUUACUCCAGUGAUGUACGGAACCUCCACGACAAACUUAACCUCUACCCUAACCUGCUCAAGUAUGCUUCCUCUGUCGACAUGUUCCAUCCCUGGACCUACGAGGCCUACGUCAAGAUUGCCGAGGUCUGGCUUCAGGAUCAAAGGUCAAAGAUUCCGAUCCCCUGGCAUCCAACCCGGAUGCUGGAACAGAUGACUAUGACCAGCCAGGCCAUGGCCUACAUGCACCUCUCUGCCAAAAACAUCAUAGAGCGCCAGUUCUGCCACCAGAGGGAGCCACUCAGGUUCUACUCACCUUUGACCUUCAUGGAGUUUGUACAUUUGUUCAGGGUCAUAUCUGCCUUCAUCGUGAAGAAGGAGAGGGAAAAUAUAGGCAAGCAUGAACAGGCUUUGUCAAAAGUGAAUGAAGCAUUUGGCAGCAUCAACCAGUUCAAGCGUCAAGUAUCGGCUCUGACCCCCCAACACAAGGCAGCCAUGGAAGAGAUCAAGGAGUUAGUGGAGCAGGUGGAGGAACACCGCGAACAAUACAUUGAGUCGCUGGAUAAGUGUAAAGCUCAGGAACAGAAGAUAGAGGAGCUACAAACGCCAUUGGAAGAUCUCCGACGGGAAGCUCAGACAGAGUUUGACAAGGUCAACCCUAACUACCAGGCGGCCCUGACGGCUCUCAGUGUACUACACAAGAAGGACCUGGAGGAAGUGAGGUCGUACCGUGACCCUCCACAGAUCGUCCAGUUUGUUAUGAAGGCACUGUGUCUGCUCUUCAAUGUCCCUCAGGACUGGGAGAAUGCCAAGCUUCUGUUGAUUAAGGAGAACGUUGUUGAGGACAUGAUGUUCUACGAUAAGGACAACAUUCCAAACGACAUCUUUGAACAACUCGGCAACAUCGUCCAACAUCCGCUGUUCCAGCCAGAUCUUAUUACACGAGUGAGUCUAGCAGCCGCGGGUGUGUGUGGCUGGGUACAUGCUGUGUACAAGUAUGCUCAUAUUCACCGCAACAUGCAGCCACGACUCAAAAACCUGUUGGAGCACGAGGAGAAGUUUACACAGGCUCAAGCCAAGUUAGGGCAGAUGAGAGUGGAAGCUAACCGCAUCAAGAGCUCGCUGGAAACCAAGAUCGUUGACCACAAGGCAGCUGUCAAACGGGCCAAAACAAUAGAAAAACACAUGCAGAGUAUCGAGAAGAUGAUCGCCCGUGCCUGUAACCUGAUGGAGAAUAUGUCUAUGCAGCAUUAUCUAUGGAAGUCAGAACUUAAGAAAGCAAAGACUCAUGUUUUAACUGCCCCUGGUGACGCUCUCGUAACCGCAGCAGCCGUAUUGUACCAUGGUCCCUUAGAGGACAAGUUCCGCGCCGACCUACUUCAGGACUGGCUUGAUCGCUGUCGUCAGGGAAACUUUACCCUGAACCAACACAUGGGACAGGAGAGGUAUCCACUCAGUAGUAUCUUGGAGGGCCUGGAACAGAAGGAUGCUCCAAGUGACAGCUCCCAGGCUGGGGAUUCCAGUAUUCACAGUGACAGUGCUGCCUCUAUACCAAGUCUUCCAGAGAUCCGGAUUUACAGGUAUCCCCCGACUGUGUAUGACACUCGUAAGUACUACAAGUCGGAGUUAAAGAAACGUGGCAGCAUCGAGUAUGACGGUACACUUAACAUUGAGGGUGAAGGAGAGGACUCCGAUGAUGAGGAUGAUCAAAGUAUCCUCCUCAAUAGGACCGGCUACAUCCUACAGGAGAUCCUGUCAGACUUUGAUGAACUGAGCAAGUGGCGUCUUGACAAUCUGCCUACAGAUCUACAUUCAAUACAAAAUGCUCUACUCAUGCGAGUCAGCUGUCACAACCGAAAACACUGCUGGCCUCUUCUCAUAGACCCCGACAACCAGGCGCAAAUGUGGGUGCGCACUCUUCAAACAAGUCGCAACAUCUUCUCCGAAAAGGACCUUCGGGCAAGCUCUCCUGAUGAUGUGGAUGGUAUCCCCCUGGAGUCGAGUAGAGAUAAAGAGAGUACAUCUGAUCCACUUCCACCAAGUCGUGGUACCAUCCUCACAUUCUCCGAUGUGUACUCAGAGGGCCAGACCACAGACGGCCACAACACCACUGAUGGCCACACGACAGACCGCACAGCGUACACCUCGACAAGUGCGGCCACCAUGACAACCGACUACACAAAGAGCGGAGGCCGUCAUUCACGCCAAACCUGGAACAGUGAGGACCUCAGGCCUGUCACCUCCGUAACCAAUAGUUGGGAAACCAUUAGUCUCCGUGCCGACCAAAAUGUGGACCACCCAGAACACAAUCUGUGGAUCGUAGAGGCUGACGACCCUAGUCUUGACAGCAAACUCAUCAAUGCUAUAGUUCAUGGUAUCACGGUGCUAGUUACCCACCUGGAGAGGAAACCCCUUGACCCACUGUUCCGCGGACUACUGUUGAAGCAGUUCUUUGUAGAUAAGGAGGGACACAAAAUCAUUAAAGUUGGCAGUUAUGAGUUCCGAUACCACCCUAACUUCUGUCUGUACCUUAGCACCUCUGUACCACUCUUCCUCAAAGGUGACGGCCUGUACAGUGUCCCAAUCCACAGGAUGUGCAUUAUCAACUUAGCCAUGAGCGAUGAGGCUAUCAUCAACCUACUUCUCAUCAAGACAAUGAAGAUUGAACGAAAGGAGUUUGAGGGACAGAAACGCUCCAAUGAGAAUGACAUUAUCCUCCAUCGCCAAAGAUUAUUCCAGGAACAUGAGCUGAUUCGCGAAAAGACUCUGAACUUAGAUGUACCCAUUCUGGAGGACAGGACUAUGCUGGAGUCUCUGGUUGCAUGUCAAAAGGAAGUGGAGCGUAACCGCCUCAUUCUGGAGGAGACGCGCUAUAUGGGUGAAAACUUGGAGGAAAAGUUUGCCAACUACAUGGGGAUGAUCAUGAACUCUGCCGUGGUUUACAACACCAUCAAGCGUAUGGCCGUACUCCAUCAUCACUACUAUCUCCCCUUCUACAAGUUCAUGGACAUUUUCUCCAGUGUGCUAAGGAUGUGCUACCGGGGCAAGGGAAGCAUAGGUGCCCCUGAAGCGAGGGCCCAAGAGCUGUCGGAUGCCAUGUCCUCUGCCAUCUACAAACAGGUUGCCCUCAUGAUGUUUGAGCAGCACUUCGCCCUCUUCCAACUCCUUGUUGCCAUGGAGAGCAUGCGACUUACACGUAAAACCUCGACAAAAGAAUUAAGUCUUUUCAUCAACGGCUUUGAGAAGACUGGCCUGGACGAAUCAGUACUUCUGGAAAAUAAACCUCAGUGGUUGACAAAUCAGGCCUGGGUAGAUUGUCUCGUGAUGGAACAGCUCCAUCAUCCAUUCCAUGGACUCCGACGGUCACUUCAACAGACAAGUGUUCAAUGGCAGGAGUACUUCCAGCACCCAGUGGCCCUAAUGAACCCUGUACCAGGCUCCACCUUACAGGAUCUGACCGUGUUCCAAAAGUGUAUUCUCUGGAAAAUCAUCUGUCCGCAUCGGUUCGCAGAAAUAGCCUCGGCUUUAACCCUGUAUGAGUUGGGGAGCCUGAGGAAAGUGCCUGAUCACUACAACAUUAGGGAGGUGUACAACUACGUAGACAACACUACCCCGGCCAUCCUCGUACUGCCUAACUCUCACAACGAACCAACCAUGUCCGAGGGCACCAAAGGUAACACAUAUGUCACACCUGCGCAUGAGAUCAAGCGUCUUGCAAAAGAGGUUGGCAUGGAUGGCAAGGUAAAGGUCAUGAACUUUGGGGUGAAAGGUCAGACAUCUGAAGCUCGUCAUGCCCUAGAGGAGUGUAUACAGAAUGGUUACUGGCUUCUGCUACAGAACUAUCACCUAUCAGAGGAGCCGUCACGCUCCUUCUUCGCUCUCCUAAAGGAUAUUGUGUACAGUAAGUGGGUACAACACGAGCGUCGGAGACAGCACACAGAAGUUGUAGACAACACAGCUAACCUUGUCGUGUAUGCCAAGCCCACCAUUAACCCUGAUAACGACCUGGUCAUCCAUGAUACAUUCCGACUCUGGAUCACGACUAAAGCCGACGCUGGGCGUCAGAUCCCAGGAGUCUUGGUUCAGCAUGGGUUCAAGGUCACUUGUGAGCAGACUGGCAACUUCAAGGCUACCCUACAGAAAUCUUACCGCUCGACUGCUUUCCUCUUGACAGAUUUCCUAGCUGACAAUCCUAAGUUGAAGAAGUGUAACUACAUCAUGCCACUGGCUCUGCUGCAUUCCCUGCUACUACAGCAAAGUUUUUACGGCCGGAAUGCCUUUCCGCGGGAAAGCUUCUGGACUCUGACUGACCUUGCCCUGGCCGUGGAUAUGUUUAAGAAAGUGAUGAAAUUCAGCCACAGUGUAGAGGGAGUGAAGGAACUUGUUUCUAAAAUCUAUGUUGACCACUGCACCGACCAGACCGAUGGUCAUGUGGUCAGUACCUUGGUCAGCUCUCUGGCAGAGUAUGCGACCAAUCCAGAUAAAGCAGCUCCCAAGGAGAAAUCCAAUAUUGUGACUCUUUUGGAGAAGUUACUCCAAUCCAAGGAAAACUUCCAACUCCGACGAGCAGUUGACUCCCUUGAAGAACUCUCUGCUAAAAGCUAUGGAUUGCCGGAGUCAGCGGAUGCCAAUGUUACUGCUGUCACCAGCAGUGUUAGUAAGGACCUGAUUCAGGUGACCGGAGCCCCAGAACUUUUCCAGAAGGUUACCACUAGUACACCCCCUAUGGGUUGGUAUGCUGAGGCUGUGUUCCCUCGCCUAGUGGCCGCCCUACAGGCCUGUCCCACUCUGCCCGGCACCAACAGGAACCAGGUGUUACUGGACACCUUCCUUCAUGGUGAGGUGGAGUGCUAUCGUAGCUUGCUGACCACUAUCCAGACUGAACUUGCCUUGCUCCAGCGUCGUGCCCGUGGGGAAAUCCUCCUCAGCAAAUCUUUCCAAGAUGUCAUCUCGGCUCUCAGUAGUGACCGUGUGCCAGAAGCCUGGUUGGCACAGACGUUUCCGUCAGCAUCCAGUUUUACAGAGUGGAUAAGCAUUCUGCCCACCAAGAUCGAGACACUAUUGUCCUACUUCAAACAAUCACCAAACAUUCCCACCUACAACCUGUCUGCCUUCAUGCGUCCAGACCGCUUCCUUGAAGCUAUCAAACAGACCCAUGCUCGCAAAAACUUCAAGGAUGUCAACUCCAUCGAGUUUGAUGUUCAGGUGAUGCCUGCUGGGAUGAACCCAUCGACACCUCCAAGAGAUGGUAUAUUCCUAGCUGGUUUGACAUUGUACAAUGCCCUUUGGGACACAUCUCGGGGCACACUGAUGUCCAAUAAUACGGACUCACAGCCAUGGCAGGAGAUGCCAGUCCUCUGGCUCAAACCAACAGACGUUGGGUCUCCUCUCAAUCAGAAGUACCACCUUUACCCAUGUCCUGUAUACUGUACCUCAGAUUCCAGUAAACAGGGAGACCCCAACCUCGUCACCUGUCUACCCCUGCCCACACUGGACCCUCCCAGUGCCUGGCAUCAGGCUCGAGUCUUCCUCGUCAGUGGGGUGUGACAGGGCACUACUCAAUCAAAAACGUGAGAAAUAUUGAGUGUCUGAAUCCAUCUUAUCCAUGGUACGGCUGAAAAACUCCAGUGUUUAUCGGAUACGGAUGGUAAUCCUGUAAGUCACAAUAAUUAGUACCAGCAAAACUGGGAAAGACUUUUUAACUGGUUCAAAUGUGACAUUAAAGUGAUACUGCUGAGAUACCAUUCCAAGUUGUACAAAAUAUUCCUCUGAAGUCUGUGAUAUUGUUAUUUUAUUGUUUUAUAGGAUGUAUAUAUAUAUGUAUAUAGUUGUAAAUAUAAAAUAAGAGUUAUGCGUGGAUAUAUCCAUAGCUUCACUGCUGAGUACAUUUUUGAUGUGAAUCUUUACUUUCACUGCUAAUCUGUGUGAUAAUCCGUCCGUUGUUACACUUGUACAUGAUGAAUUACUAGGGAUAUUUGUAAGUAAAUAAUUAGGACUGCCUUUUCCUUUGUAUAUAUAGCUGUCUUGUUUAAUUAAGGUUAUCUUGAUCAUCUUGACAAGAUUAGUCAGCUGCUGUCCGUCCAAAGUGAGAAAUAUACAUAUAUAAGAUUACUGCUGAUGUCGGCUCAAGGAAGAUGAGCUGCUGUCCCUUCCAGAAACUAACAUCUCUACUGCUAAGUCAGCUCAGCUGUCCGUCCAAUAAAAAGAAACCAUAUUUUUACAGACAAUAUGCAGUUGUAGUUUUGUACAAAUGUCUGAACACUUAACAUAUUUGUGGUGUUGAGAACUAAUGUUCUACAUGAGGUUGAUACUUUGACUUUAAUUUAUCAAAAGUCCAGCAGCAUAAAAAUAUUUAAGCAUUCCCAACAAUGAUGUUGCAACAAUGCAAUAUUAUGCAGUAUUAUUCUUUAUUUUUAUGAAAUAAGAGAUGAAAUCUAUUUAUUUGUUAAGUGCUUAUUUAUAAUUGGGCUAGGUAUUUUUAUAUCUGUGCCAAAACUGUAUAUUGUACACAUGCCUGUAUGGUCUGUGUGUAAACUAUUUGCAUGAGACUUUCAAAAAAUAAAAUGUAAGAAUAUUUA